AUUUGUUGGCCGAAGUUAAAAGACCGAGGCCCAUGUACCAGUUGCCGCUAUCAAGCUACAAAGUUGACGAUUACUUUCUCUCUCUAAUUCCAGGACAUAGGAGUUUGUGGGCCUAAGUCAAAGAGACACGAAACCCAUGUACCAGUGGCCACUAUGAGCUAAAAUACAAAGGAAUCAUAUGAAUAAGAAUGAGCUGUUUUCACCAUUUUCAAGCUCCCGUACGAGCACUGGGUAUUGAGAAAAUCUCAGCAUUUGUGGGAUUUGAAGGCAUUCCGAGAAGAAUUGAUCGAUCUGGUGUUGCAGGACCCGGAUCAGAGGAUUUCGGUACAGUUUCUGUGGGUUUUUUCUCACUCUUUAAAUUGAAAAAAGACAAGGAGCGGAUUUGAGAGGGAAGUAUACUUUUGUUGGAUUUUCUCUCUACAAGUUUGAACAGUGACUGAGGACAAUUCGGAUUCAGAUCUCAUUCACUAUGAGUGAAAUUUAAUUGGGUUUUUUAUGUAUAUCGAAAUUGAGUAGAAAUCAAUGACUGGAUAUAAUGGAAGUACAUAUUUGUUGGGUAUUCUCUGGCUAAAAUUUGAAGAGAAAUCAUGAGCUGUUUAUGCUGGUGGGGUUGAAGAAAUGCUGGGUUUCUAGGCAAAAAAACACACAUACUGUCUCUCUCUCUCAAGAUUGCUCUGGAAGAGGAUGAGAGAGAAACCGACAUCUCUGCAAUAGAAGUGUUUACACAGAUCUGGAAGUGUUUUCCGGGAAUUCAACAAGAUGGGAGCAACACAAUCCACUCAAGAGCACGACGAAGAAGAUGAAGAUGAAGAUGACGAAGAAACUGUAGAGAGAGAAACAGAGUCUCAUAAACUCGAACAGAACGGAAAGAAGGUCCUUGAACAAGAACCAGAGGUCCUUCCAUGCCAUCCCUCUGCCUCACCAUUGUCACCCCAAUUGUCCUCUUUGGGUAGUCCCUAUUUGGGGCCAUCGAUUAGGGUUUAUGAUCCCUAUAACGUUCUCUCUCAAACCCAUUUGCCAGUUAACCAGUCAUUUGCAGGUGGAUCAUUGAGUCUCUGCAAUUCAGAUGAGGUUUUAGAAGAAGAUACGAGAACUGAGGUUUUCUUUAUAAAUCAUGGAGAGUGUAGCAUGAACAUGAGGCCUGAUUUGGUUGGUGGUCGCUGGCCAAAUGCUUCUCUCACUGCAAAUGGUAUGAGACAAGCUAGAGCUCUAGCUGUGUUCCUCAAAUCCCAGGGGGUUGUCUUCAAUGCUGUAUUUUCUUCACCACUGGACCGAGCCAAGAGGACUGCCUUGUCUGUGUGUCAGGAGCAGAACAUUCCACCAGAGAAGAUACAAUCCUCAGAUUCUCUGAUCGAGAUGAGCCAGGGUCAGUGGGAAGGCUGUGUUCGCUCCGAGAUAUAUACACCAGAAAUUAUCAGCUUCAUCGAGAUAUCUCAGCCUGACUUCUCUCCUCCUGCUGGUGAAUCCCUUAGGCAGGUGGAGUUCAGAAUGAUCGAAUUCCUUAACUCAACAAUCUUAAGAAGAUCAGAAAAGCUAAAAACAAGAGAUUCUUCCUUUCAGAGCGAAAUCAAGGAGUACUCCAGUCAAAACACCCUAAUUCAAGGCAACCCAAGUCUAGAGCGAGAAAGUCUGGCUGCCCCGCAAUGGGAUUCACACCACAAGGGGUACCCCAUUCAAAACUCUUUAAUUCAAGCAAACCCAGUUCAAGAGAGAGAAAGUCCCUCAAUUCCACAAUGGGAUUUGCUUCAUAGACAUAAACAAGGAAUGAGAAAGAAGUCAGGGAAGAGUAGGCUUCAAUUCGUGACAAUGGGUGAUAAUGAAACAGACGAUGACUUCUGUCCCAGGGAUUCUAAGUAUAGGCAGCUAAGAGAAGUUGAAAGCAAGAGCUCCUAUUGUAUAGGGGUCUUCAGCCAUGGAGUGGCAAUAAAAUGCCUUCUCACUGGGUUGCUUGGGUGUAGCCCUGUGAUGGCUCAGCGUAUUUGUAUAGAUGAUUCUUCAACAACAGUUAUACAGCACUCUUUGAAGACAGGUUGGCAGAUUAAGCGGGUGAAUGAUACUGCACAUCUGAGGCUUCUUUAGAGAGAGGGAUAGAUUUUUUUGGGUUGAUAAGGUAGAACCCAAGAAAGGAAAAUGGAGAAAGGAACGAGUGGUCAGAUCACCAUUGCUUGGUGUAGUGAGGUUUAAGGCUCAAUAAUGUCUCUUGUUUAAUUGUUUUUCCUUUCAUUCUGGAAAGAUGGGGAAGAAGGCUGUGGCUUGCUAAAUUCAAUUCAUGUGCUAUUGUGGCGUGUUCACUGAUUUUAAUGUCUAGUCUCUGUAAUUUAUGUCCUCCAUGGAUCCAAGAGAGCUGGUGCAAAUUCUUCGGUCUUUCAUGGAUUCUUAUUCUAUAUAGAGCAAGGAGUGUCAAGAAUUCUUCAUCAUUAUAGCCUUUUCCCAAUUAAUUGGGUUCGGCAAAGAAUUGUCAAGAAUUAUUGUUUUAUUUAUGGUUUCACUGGAAUGUAAAUCAAGAAAACAGAGGUUUCUUGGCUUCAAUGUUCUUCAGGGAAAAUUAAUUAAUGGUUCAAAACUUGAAGUUUGAUUUGUGGUUUCA